AUGAGUCUGUACAGGUCAGAGCUGUUGAAGAGCCCCAAGAGACGGUCCAAAAACCUCAAGAUAGUUUUACCUAUGAUUCUUAUCUCAGUGGCUUUCCUCCUCUGCUUCAUGCCUACCGUUAUCGUCGGUUUUGACAUUACCAUCAAUCCUGGAACUGAGAACGGACAACCAAGACUGAAGAUGAUCGAAUACUUUAUCAUUCACCUUUUAUUAUUGGGUAACAGUGCAAUGAAUCCGCUCAUUUUCACCAUGUGCAGCACUAAGUUCCGAGCCAGUGGUAUCCUGGUUGUAAAGCUGCUGUUUGACCAGCUGGUGUUGAUACUGUUCUACGCGGUUUACGUCAUCUACUACGCUGUUGUUACCUUCUUCAAGGCCAUCUGGAACUACUUAACAGAUCUGGCCACUUCUCUGGGUUCCUGCAAUGCCCGGUGUAUUAAGUCAGUUGGAAAGUACGAUUCUCUGAACGAUGUAGUGAUUAAAGUUACCCUGACAAACAGUAACGAGAUGAAUGGAGGAGAAAAAGUUAGAGGAGGAGAAAAAGUUAGAGGAGGAGAGAAAGUUAGAGGGAAGAACAAUAAUAAGGAGGAGGAUUGUUGUGAAGGCGACUUGUGGGGAGUCAACCCAGGUUGUCAUGGCGAUCGUCAGGGUUGCCAUGGUGACCGCCAGGGUUGUCAUGGUGACCGCCAGGGUUGUCAUGGUGACCGUCAGGGUUGUCAUGGUGACCGUCAGGGGUGGUUGCAGUGGAAAGCUACAUGGUCCUAGACAAACUCAUAUGCGGUCUCCUAGUGACACUGAUAAUUAUAAAGAAAGUCAGAAUAAAAAUAUAAUUACUCCCGAUAACAGGACUUCAGAAACUAUGUUAUAACUAAUCAUCAUUACAAUUGUAAUAUAAUGAUAAUAAUUUGAUUUGCUUUUUAUUGCCAGAUGUUUACUGGCAUGUUUCUCGCCACGAUGGUGACCCCGAAAACAUGAAUUUAUAGGGCCGCGAUGCGGAACAAUGGACAAGCUUUAUAUUCAAUCGUGAUGAUAGUUACACAAGUGAGACGUGUGUUCUUUUCUCCCCUUUUGGCCUAUAUAAGUUUAUUGAUACAAUAUAUUUGGGAUCAUUUCUUCAAUUGAUGGGGAAGUAUAAAACUUGUAUGACUAUCUUCCUGUUUAAAUAUAUAUCGCACCAAACAGAAUGAAUUUUAGACAAUAUUGAACGAAAUUAUGUGUGCUUGUUGAUGAUGUUGAUAAAAAAGAAUACGUGCUCAUAAGCGAUUAUUGCUGACGGUAAUGAACAGAAAAAGUUGUUGCAGUGUUAAUGGUUAAUGUGUGAAUUUAGGAAAUUUUAUUUUAUGUUGUUAGGUAUUUGAAUAAGUUGAAAAACCAAGAAUUUAUCCUGUGAUACGUGGAAUUUAUCUAUAACUAUAAGUAAAACUAAAAGAGAAAGAAACACCGCUGUAUAACUAUAAGUAUACAGAUACUGUCGUUGAAAUGCCUUGGCAAGUUAUUAUUCAUGUGUCAUGGCAAGUAUUUAUUCUCAAUAAAUAUUAUUAAUAAUUGCCAUUCGUACUUGGCUGUGCUGAAAAUGAAAUUAUAGUGGAAGCUAUACUUAGGUUUUAAAAAAUAUUUAUAUUUUUGUUUACUUUUAUUUGCUUUUAAUUUAGUGUUCGAUGUCAUU